AAGCCGAGAGGACCCGCCCCGAUAGCGAUUAGCUUCCUGAUCAUGUCCAACUGGGGAAGAGUCGCCGCUGUUUUGCGGAGCCUUUUGCGGAGCCCCCGCUCCGUGAGGGGGCUCCCGCUGCGUCGUGCGGUCGGACCCGGGAUUCUGGGUUCAGUUUUGGGGACCGGGUUCGUCUGUUUCUACCGAUACCGAGAAAACAACCGGACGCUGCCGUUCGCCGUUCACGCCGAGGAAGAACAAAAAGAAGCUGCGGCUCCACAGCUGUCGGCCAGAAAGAUCAGAUUCAUCCAGUUCGCCUCAGUGAUCUACGAACAGGAGCCCUACAUGACCCCCAGAGACUUCCUGUACUCGGUGAUGCUGGAGAAAGUUGACAGGAAACUCCAGAAAAAAACUCUAACAGAAGAGGAGGUGAAUAAGAUGUUGGAUACCGCCUCUAAAGCAAACGCUGGACAUGAUCUAUUCAGAACUUUGGGUGAUAACGGUCUGAUUUCCUACACAGAGUAUCUGUUCCUGUUGACCAUCCUGACCAAGCCUCGAACAGGAUUUCACAUAGCUUUCAAAAUGCUAGAUGUUGAUGGAAAUGAGCAUGUCGACCAGAGAGAAUUUCUGAAGCUCAAGAAAAUUAUUGGGAAAAGUAAAAGAAGAGCUCUGCUACCAAAGGACAACACAGAGACAGAAGACAGUGACGGUGUGAACACGACUCUACAGGCCUAUUUCUUCGGUAGAAACGGAGAAAAUAAACUGCAGUAUCAGGAGUUCCGAAGGUUCAUGGAGGACCUGCAGGCUGAGGUCCAGGAGAUGGAGUUCCUGCAGUUUUCCAAAGGUAUGGACACCAUGCGACGAGAGGAUUUCGCUGAGUGGCUGCUUCACUAUACCAACGAAGAAGACAAUGAAAUCUACUGGGAGAACAUGAGGAAGAAGAUCCCAGCAGGAGAGAGCAUCACAUUUGAUGAGUUCAAAGUCUUCUGCCUCUUCACCAACAACCUGGAGGAUUUUGCUUUUUCAAUGAAGAUGGUGACUGAGGCGAACCGUCCUGUUGGAAUGGCCCAGUUUAAGCGAGCAGUGAAGAUCGCCACCGGCCAUGAUCUGUCGGAGAGCGUCCUCGACACGGUCUUCAAACUCUUCGACAUGGACGGAGACAACUGUCUGAGCCACAAGGAGUUCAUCGGUGUGAUGACAGACAGAGUCCUACGUGGACUCAAGGUCCAGCCUCAGACCGGCAUCUCUGGAUACUGGAAAUGUGUGAAACGGGAGACCCUGAAGGGGGCACAAGAGGCCCUGGGAGAGAGCCGCUGCCCCAUCUAAACCAGCACUGUGAUGGACCUGGUCCAGGUCCACUGCUCAUCUUGGGGUUUUACAGGCUAAUGGGUAACGUGAAGAGUGAUUUCAAUAAAGCACAUAAAGAAUCACAGGAUUGACACCACUUGAUGUGCAGAUGACGUUUACACUUUUACACGUGUUGACAUUUAUUUAAACACUAUGGGUUUGGCUUUUAUUUUUUUCUUUUUACUCAGAACCACUUUUUAAUCGUGUUCUCUCCUGUGUAGUGUGGUUAUAAACUGUGGUCUGAUGGAUUUUCUGUGGCUUUUUAACACGUUGGAUGUUUUUUCUUGUUUAAUCAUUGAUAACAGGUCCCACUGUCAAGAAACCAAUUAAAUCACUUUUUAGGGGAAGCAAACUGGAGUAAAAUGAAUUAAUUCCAUGUUUUGAGUUUCCUUGCAGACAAAACUCAGGGUUGAAAACUUAUGAAGAUGGGAAACGAUACAAACAUUACUAAAUUAAAUUUUUGCAGAUUUAGUCUUUUUAAAAUCAGGAUAAAAUGGAAAACCUAGGACUAAAUAGUAAAGCAAAAAUCAACAUUAAAUCCACAUUUUUUGGCUGCUAUUGUUGUCUUUGUUGAGUUUGAAUCCCUGAGUUUUGUCUGUAAGGAAAUUUGCAAAAUAAAGCAAAAAAAAGCUUAAAAUGUUGAGUCUGAGAUGACUGUUAUUAAAAUAUGAAUUAUGCAUCUUUGCCUAAUUUCAGAUCUGUAUGAUUACAAUCCUUUAAUAAACAGCUCAUUCAUUCAAUUGGUUUCAUUUAAAAUGACAGUGAAAGUUUACAAUUAGAGACAAAAUGUUCCUGUUUAACUUUUAUACAAUAAUUAAAGUCCAUUUCUGUUUUUGUCUGUAAAAACAUGUGGGAGCCCUGUCUUUGUGAAAGAAUCUGAAAUAUAUCGAACUGUAGCCAAAGAAUAAAGCGCCUGUAAUAAUAGAACUAUUUUUGUCGUUUAUUAUAGAGCUGACCAAGUACGAUCACAUGAGUAUGUGGGUUAACCAUUGAAGAUUGUGGUGCUAAUUAUUUUACCAUACAUAUAAUUCAAAAAGUAAAUAGACAAAGCAAGCUUACAUCUGUGAUAGAUGAACAAAUUAGUGACUGAUGCCAAGGUUAUCAGUGAAUACAGCGUACACAGCUACAAGACAUAAAAUUACACUGAGCAUGAAGCCAUCUUUGGUCUUCUCAUCACUAUAAACAAAUACAUAGAAAUUUGUAUUGUAUCAAAAAUAGAAAUUACAUAGCCAUAUUGAAAGUAAAUUCACAUUUUUGACAUACGAUAAGGGAAAUACCUAAGAGACAUACUGUGGGGUUACAUUUCCAAAUCCUUGGCUUUAAGGACCCAAUGGUUUUGCCACAUUUUGGACAUUCAUUAGUUUGUCAAGGAGAUACACGAUUCUCAAACCAUCUAUGAACAUCAGUGUCAUCCAUCUGCAUCGAACAUUACGCAAAGUAUAUAAUAGUAACACAAACGAAUGAAAGAAAA